AAGAUUUCAAUGUAAAUGCGGUCGGUAAAGACAGAAAACUAAAGGAAAGCAUCUAGAAUGAACCAUCUGCACUAAAUCCAGACUAGUCGUGUACAGUGUCGUGUCCAUACCGUUGAGUGUAGAUAGGUGUAUACAUACUUUGGCUAGGAAGUUUACGUACAUGUGUACAUACAUAUACAACUGAACCAACGAAUGUCACGAAUUCAGACCUACACUGCUCUGGAUUCGUUGUUUACUAGUUGGGAGAUCUGUCAAAAUAUUAAAUUCCUUUGGUACGCAAUGUUCUUAUAUAUGUAUUUGUAUAUAUAAAACUGCUCUAAAAAAAACUGGUACUAGUUUGAAUCUUAAUAUUCGAAACUUGCAAUUAUUGCAAUUUCAGUCAACAGUAUGAAUAGACCACCAAAAAUGAGUAGUACGGACGGUGUAGAGAUGGAUCAAGAAUUAGCAAAGCGUCUAUUAAUCGAGGGAGCUACGUUGGUGUUGCUGAAUGUGCCUCCUGGGACAGAUUUUGGAGUGGAUAUGAAAUCUUGGAAUACUGGAGACAAAUUCAAAGGUGUUAAAAUGAUCCCUCCAGGUUUUCAUUACAUUCAUUACAGUGCUGCUAAUGGAUUCGAUGACCUUGCACCCCGUGUCGGUUUUAUUCAUAAUUUUACAAAAUCUGAGUUUUUGGCAAUGACCUGGGAUGCCGAGAAAGAGGACAUUAGUACAGAAGCUCCUUCAGCUGAAACGGUUAAUCGUCUAAAGCAGAAUCUAGCUAGCCUUGAUCAGUAUCUUGGGCCAUAUCCUUAUGAUAUUUGGGAACAGUGGAAGGGAUUGACAACGAAAGUUGAUGCUGCAGUCAUAGAACGAUGCACACCAGUUUGUGGGUAUAUACGUUCGGCACUAGAGCUGGAAAAUUGUGACGAUGCCUCAAGACCAAGAGGGGGCGAGACUGUCCAGAAACGAACUCGUCGUAGUGGAUUAUCCGCGGAAGAUAGAGAGCAGCAGCUCCUUCCACAAUUGAAACCAAGACCAGGAACUGAGCUCAGGUUAACUAAGCUACCUGAAAAAAAUUACCCAGAUGAUGCAACACCUGCAGAAGUAACACAACAUUCUCUUGAUACUAGCUAUGCUUUGGACGCCAUGUUAAAUCAAUUAAAAAACCCGAUCGAAAUAAUUGGAGAGCUUCAGCUGGCAUUCGUCUGCUUUUUAUCAGGACAGAGUCUGGAUGCAUUUGAACAUUGGAAAAAGUUGGUUGGCCUGUUGUGUGGCGCAGAUGCAGCGAUAUCAAUGAGACGUGCUAUUUUCGCGGAGUUCCUGAAUACGCUGGAGGCUCAAGUAGAAUGCGUGCCUGAAGAAAUGUUGUGCGAUAUCGUAGCUAGUAAUAAUUUCGUCUAUCACAAUCUUCGUAAUUUAUUUGCCAAUAUUGAAGCCAGUGAAAAAGUUGAUGGGCGGCUGAAGACGCAAGCAGUUAGACUGCGUGAUAGACUAACAAAGAAAUUUUUCUGGGAUUUUACGUGCUUACAGGAUGAAGAAGAUGACGAAGCACCGGUUGUCGUAUCUCUGGACUGAAAUUUUUACAAACUUCUUAGAAGUUUUUUAGUCUACAAAAUAUCAACAUUUCAAAUAUAUUUAUUGUAGAGUCUAUAUACAGCUGGGAUUUUUACAUAAUAAUAUACAUAUUGCACAUUU